GUGCUCUUCCGGGUCAGUACUGAUGUCACCGGAAGUUAAAGGAAGACUUGAGUCGGGUAACAUGGCAACGCGCCUGCGAAGCUCAAAAGUGUGGGAAUAUUUUAUAAGAACAAAAGAAAAAAGUGUGCAAUGCAACAUCUGCAAGGCAGAACUUGCGUACCACGGCAGCACUACGGCGAUGCACGAACAUCUAAAGAGGAAGCACGUUCUGACUGAUAGUGAAAACGCCGAAGAAGGGUCUUCGUCUCGUUGUAAAAAACUAUGUUCUUCAUCAGUGGACGCCUUUGUUACAAGGCCAGCUACAUGCACACCUCAGCAGGCAGAAAUACUGACUGAGUCGAUACUCAAAAUGUUGGUGACGGACAUGAGACCCAUCUCCAUGGUGGAUGAUCAGGGGUUUAAAGAAAUGAUUAAACAGUUCAACCCGGAUUAUCACGACUACUACCUGCCGAGUAGAUCUCAUUUCACCGCAUUGAUGGAGAAGAAAUAUUUUGCAACCUUUGAGAAGGUGAUGACUGAGGAAAAACCAUGGGCCCUAUUUUCCGAGGUGGGUGGCGAGGGUUACCUCAAAGAGGUCGUCGACAUAAUGAAUGAGGAGUUCCAUCUCGUCAGCCAUAAAGACUUUUUGAAGAAUCCACUCCUGUUUGGCCCUAAAAUCCAGGCCCUGUUUGUCUGGAACUGCUGCCCUGCAGCCGAUCCGUUGUUGUUGACUUCCUUGCCGUCGCUAAAGGUGGUUGCCAAUGGUGGAGUGGGCAUCGACCAUCUGGAUGUACCACACAUCAACAGCCUUGGGGUGACAGUGACCAACACACCCGGGGUGGUGAGUGUUGCCACUGCAGAUAUGGCCAUGGGUUUGCUUCUGGCAUCUGCACGAAAGAUUGUUGAAGGUCACCGAAUAUCUGUUGAUCCCAAGACCACAUAUUUACCACAAAGCCUGAUGGGAGUUGAAGUAUCGGGAUCUACUCUGGGAAUUAUUGGAAUGGGAAACAUUGGAUAUAAAAUUGCUCAGAGGGGUAAAGGCUUCGACAUGCGGAUUCUAUAUCACAAUAGAACAAGACGAUGUGUCAUAGACGAGGAGGCUGUGGGGGCUUUUUACUGCAAGAACAUGGACGAACUGCUGAAAGAGUCUGACUUUGUUGUGCUGGCGGUCAAUCUGACCCCUCAAACCAAACACCUGAUUGGCCACAGAGAGCUGUCCCUCAUGAAAGACACGGCAACACUAGUUAACAUCAGCAGAGGUUUGGUUGUAGACCAGGAUGCUUUGGUCAUGGCCCUCCAGUCUGGAGUUAUUCAAGCAGCAGCGUUGGACGUGACUCAUCCAGAACCGUUACCAAGAGAUCAUCCUCUCCUCAGCCUUCCCAAUGUGCUCAUCACCCCCCAUGCCGGGACCAACACUAAUGCCACAAUAAGAAAGAUGGUUCAGCUGAUGGUGGAGAAUGCAGUCGCUGUUAUAAAAGGGUUUCCUGUUCCCAAUGAAGUCAAGCCCUAAAACACUGUAAUAUCUGCAUUUAUGAUCAACUGACUUCAUAUUUUUUACAUUACAGAUUUUUAUUUUUGACUGAUGUUUUAAAAACAAAAAUGGUCUUGAAUUGGAGAUUCCGUAAAGGUUUCUGGACAGCAAAUCAAAUGUUAUUCUAAAGAGGUGGGCAACCAAGCCCCCAUAUUUAGCUAUGUCUUUACAUUUAUAGUUGUCCUAGAGUUCUUUUGUAAUCUUGGCCAAGAAAUGUAUCAAAAAUAAGUUCUAAAUAAUAAGUCACUGUGAACAGUUUUCCUAAAUUAAAUGUUAGUCUUUAUCUGUUUUUGUUUUCUUGUAAAUGUUGUAAAGUUCCUAGUUGCUUAUCUGUUAAUAUGUUCUUUUUUGAAUUGUUAAACUGGGUAAUCACAGGAAUUAUGUGUGUGAAAAAAAUAAAAUGUGAUUCCAAGA